GUUACUCUAUUUAUUUGCAGCAUCUCGACGCUGCAAAUUAUCUUAUACGGAGACGUCUUUUUGAGUUGCCGAAGACGUACCCCGUGAAAGCCACCGUACUUGAUUCAUCAUUUGCACAAUAUAUUCCUACCAGAUACGAGGAAUUCAAGAAAAAUGGCAGGACUUACCAAUGGGACUCGGACAUUCUUGAUUUCCUGAAAGGAGAUGCCAAAAAGUACAAGAAGCCUUGGGGUGAUUGCAACGAGGUCUACUUCCACUGGUGCAUGGAAAAUCGGCACUGGGUCCUUUGCGAAAUAAAUUUCGCUGAUUGGAUGAUCACUGUAUUUGACUCAGAUCAUUCUAACUUUAGCCAUAAUAAGUUGUCUGAGUUGAUCGAGCCUUGGACUAGGAUGCUUCCAUCUUUACUCAACGCUUCUGGUAUGUUUAAAGGACACCCCAAGUUGAAAAUAGCUAGACCGAAGAUCACCGUUCCAAACUUUGAUUGGCGGCGCAUGUCCACUGAUAUUGUCCCACAGUCUAGAACCAGCGGAGAUUGCGGCGUAUUCGCCAUCAAACACUUGGAGUUCAUUCUUGGAGACAUUCCCUUAUCAUAUGCCAUCGAGGACAACAUUCAGUACUUCAGGGAUAAAUUAUGCAUCGACAUUUUUUAUGAGAAUGUGUACCCUUGAUGUUAGAACAUUUAUUUUGAU